CUUUCACAAACAAUAACACAAACACAAGAGUCAAAUAAAGAUAAAACAUCACAUGCCUUAGAUCUAUCUUAUGUCACAUUUUAUUCACAUUCCAACGUGUACUAUGCUCUAACUCUUCAAACUCUUCUUCUUUGCAUCUAUUCCUUCCUUCCUUCCUUCUACUCCAAUAAUUGAUAAUCUCUUGCAACAUCACAAGUCACAACAAAAUUCCCACCACCUUCUAUUUCACACCACAAGGUUUCUUUCAACAUGUUCCUUCUUUGUCUUAUUUCAUUUUCAAAAAUAUUAAAUUUUUCCAACAAAUUUAGCUUCUUUCAAUUUUUCUAAUGAGACCCAGAUCCUAAUUUUCACUAUCUACCAACCCCAUUUUCUCAAAUUCUCAUUUUUCUACACUCUUUGAGUUCACCUUGUUACUCACACACAAACAAAAAUAUUAGAUUUUUAAGAAACAUAAAAAUACCCUCAUGCUGAUAUUAGUUCUAGGACUAAUUUCAGCUACUUUGUUAGUGAUUAUUGCAAUUUAUGGCUUUUGUUAUUUGAAAAGAUCAUCAAAACAUGAUAUUGAAGACAUAGAAAGUUCAGAACAAAAACAUGAAGAUGUGAAAGAGGAUUUGAUCAUUUUUCAAGGUGGAGAGGAUUUGACAAUAUGUGAUAUAUUGGAUGCACCAGGGGAAGUGAUUGGAAAAUCAAAUUAUGGAACACUUUAUAAAGCUUUGUUACAAAGAAGCAAUAAAGUGAGGUUGUUGAGAUUUUUGAGACCUAUUUGUACUACAAGAGGUGAAGAAUUGGAUGAAAUGAUUUUGUUUCUUGGAAGAUUAAAACAUCCUAAUUUGGUUCCUCUUUUGGGAUUUUAUACUGGUCCAAGGGGUGAGAAGCUUCUUGUUCAUCCAUUUUAUAGACAUGGGAAUCUUACUCAAUUCAUAAGAGAUGGAAAUGGAGAGAGUUACAAAUGGUCAAACAUAUGCACAAUAUCAAUUGGUAUAGCAAAAGGAUUAGAACAUCUUCACACAGAAUAUGAAAAGCCAAUUAUUCAUGGAAACCUAAAGUCGAAAAACAUCCUUUUAGACAGUUCCUACCAACCACACAUCUCAGAUUCCGGCCUCCAUCUUUUGUUGAAUCCAACUGCUGGACAAGAAAUGCUUGAAAGUUCAUCUACUCAAGGCUAUAAAGCACCUGAACUCAUCAAAAUGAAGGAUGCUAGUGAAGAAACUGAUAUAUAUAGCCUCGGUGUAAUCUUGCUUGAAUUGCUUUCAGGAAAGGAACCUAUCAAUGAACAUCCAACUCCUGAUGAGGAUUUCUAUUUGCCGAAUUUUAUGAGAAAUGCGGUUCUUGGACAUAGAAUUUCCGAUUUAUAUCAUCCUGCUAUUCUUCUUAGAAACGGCAUGGAUGAUGAAAUUCAAGUUACGGAAGAAUGUGUUCUUACAUUUUUUCAACUUGCUAUGGCUUGUUGUUCUCCUUCACCUUCAAUUAGACCUAACAUAAAACAAGUUAUUAGGAAACUUGGUGAAAUUGUACACUAGAAGCAUUGAUAUUUGGGAAUUGGAACCAUUGAUAUUCCACACUAUUCUUCAAAUUCAUCUUUAACUAAGGUGUGGUUAAAGGCAACUCACAUUUAUUUAUAUAUAUAUAUUAGAAAUUGGAGGGAAAAAUGUAAGUGAAUUGCUUACAAAGUGUGGAAUUGGAUAUUAAACAAAGACUUCACACACCGGAACACGUCUAAUCUGAAGAGUGUUUGUGCUUCAUAGUUAAGUAUUAAAGUCAAUUGAGGAAUUAUAGCAUGAAAACUAAUGCUUCCUAUUUCUAUAUGUAAAAUUUUGGCUCUCAAAUUUUUGAAUUUAAUAUUGUUUGGUAAAA